CUGUGUCUCGGGAAUUUCGCAGUUGAUGACUGACGCCGUGGCUAGACUGGGUCGAUCUUGGCAUAAUUCAAGGUCCAAUUAUAUAUUCAUCCAAUCCCAAUUGGCCCCUCUUGCGCGCCAUUUUCAAUUCAUAGUAACCGUUCUUGUCUGUCACACAUAUAGAGCAAUUGCUCCCCAGAUUCUAUCAAAGCAUUCUGGUAAAAUGAAUCCUAGAAUCAGACAUAUUCCCAAUAUUGAUGAUUUGCCUCGGCGACGACUCUUCAAUCAAGAAGAAAUGCUGGCCGAAUUAGACAGAGUUUCUUCUCCCGAAGAAUAUAACUCGGGGCAGUUGCAGUCUACAGGCAAUGGCAGAACGAUGCUCGAUAUCUCGCAAAGCAGACCCGCCAUACGAGUAAGCUAUUCUCAGGCUAGCACAAGUAGCACCAGUGAUGCCCCUCUGAACACCCUCGGAUUCCCCCAAGCCACCUCAACACCAACUUCCAGCGACAGUGAAUCCGAAAGCCAAGAAUCUGCAUCGUCCAUUUUGUCUGAGAGGAGUGCACACUCUUCGUCUUCGCUCAAUACUUCUGCGGGAAGUAUUUCAGUGGGGUCCAGUGCACCAUCUGCAGUUACCCUGCGCAUGCUAUACAUGCAGAAUAAAAAACUGGAGGCACAGCUCAAGAAGCAAAAUGAAGAGCUCCAAGAUAUAAAACGGAACAUGAGAUGUGCCGCAGCAAACUCUGGAAGCAAACGUGUUGCUGUUCCACGUGAAUGCUCACAAGCUGUCCGGGAAGUGUACGGAAAACUCUACAAAGACGGGACGGGAGGAUUCAACCUUUCACUGACUAAAACAUGCCAGGAAAAUGAGUUGGUGGUUUCUACUAUAGUCAGAGAAGUCCGGUCGCUUCAUGGGCGAGAGAAGUGGACCUGCGACCAAGUACGAAAAGCUGCCAAGACCUACUUCUCUUCGCUGCGCGACAGAAAACGCCGAGUUGAUGGUGGGACAUAUGAAAGACAUGCCAAAGCGGCCAAAAAAAGAAGCAGGAAAUUCAGGAAAUUGCAGAGGCGACAAAGCGCCAUGAGAAACAGUGAUCUCUCUGAAGACAUGAAAAGACAGCUCAAUGAAGUGAUGACAAUCGACUUCAUGUCUUCAGAGGAGAGCAUGUCAGAAGACGAGGAGGAAGGUGCCUCGAGGAACAAAACCAGGAGACUCCUUAAACUACCGUGGGAGAGGUCAAAAUUAACAUCUUUGAAACACAAACUGGAUUCCCAGUUUGCAAAGACCGCUCCUCCGGUAGUUUCAAGGUUGCUUCCGGAGUUUGUUAUCUCGAACGUGCCUUCCUCUAGGCCUCCACCGGCAAGUGCACCAUCUUGGGCAGUACGCCCCUUAAACUAGGCAAAGAAUAUUUUCAUUUUGAGCGUUUGUUGUGUAAAGCUUCUGAAUCUUAUGUAAAUUCCUUUUUCAAAUGUCAUGUUUAUGAAUUUAUUUAUCACAAACAAUUCAGUCUGUAAAAAACAAAAUAACUUGUACGAGGUUGAGAGAGGCUGCGUAUGCUCUUCAAUACGUGAUGACAUUUUAUAUGUUCGAUUUCAGUUAAUGUGUUGAUAAUUAUUCGCCUACCUGAUAGGCGCAAUGUAAAAUGGUAGUUGUUACCAGUCACAUCUUUUAUGGAAUGCAGCGUUGGUGUCCUGUGCUAUGUUUUUUCUUUCAAAUUUAGUCACAGUUGACUGUUUGUCAGGUAAAAAAAAAUUACAUCUUGGUUUAACUUUUGUUGUUGCUGUUUCAUGCAAAAUGACCGACAAAUAGUAUUUUUAUACACAAAAGCAUGACCUGUUCCUCCCUAUCAAAUUAAUUUUAAUUCAUGUAACAGAGGAAAAACGCAUUUGAUGUUUUAACCCAGUUCUUGACGAGGGGAAGGGAGGAAGGAGAUCUAGAAUAUUGCUACCUGCGAUAAAAUAUUGAUAUCUUACAAACGGCCCUAAUUUGACUGAACUGAACAUUUUAUCAAACCGAAAAACAUAUGUAACUCUCCUCCUACCUCUUUAUGCAUGUAUGGGCACACUAAUGUCAUUUUCUUUCCCGUUAGAGUUAGUUACUAUAAAAAAUGGUAUUUUCCCAUUUUGUUGAGCAUGUUUUAAAUUGAGUUUCAGCUGACUUCAGUGAGAUCUGACCGUACACGUAGUUAUCUUUUGAAAUGAGAGAAAAAUUAUCAAUUCGCUCUAGAAAUUAAGUCAAUUUCUUUUCGCCUGUUGCCAUUUCCACACACCACAAUUAUAGAUAUAAAUUAGCACAGUUAUUUAUAUAUCACAGAAUAAUAACUGUUCAAUUCUGAAGGUGUAUAAAGUGUACAUUAUAUGUCCAAAUGGGCUUCAAGGAGAGAAUUGGAAAUUUAUGUAUCGUGUGAGGUAGUAAUAUGGUCCGUGAUCAAAACAGACCAAGGCCACAACUCCCCUGGGCAUUGUGGUCAGACAGCCUGCACCCAGAAAUCCGAGGUCAUCUAGCGGCAUGUACUGGGAGUUGAUUAUUGAAAGUCCAAACACGGGAUAAGGAUCAUCGUGAUAAAAAUUCGAAAUUUAUGAUUAAUUAUGCUGUAUAACGCUGUAUACAGACCGAACCAAAACAAAGAGAAUAUGUAUAUGGUGCACUUUUAACAUCAGAACUAUAACCCGUAUGCCAUUUUUUAGUAGAAUUUGUUUUAGUUAAAUUGCCUCUUUAACGUUUGCCUCAAGCUUGGCUGUUUAACAUCAAUACUUUAUAUUGCUUGGCCAUUUAAAAAAGUUUCAGUAAACUGAAUUAAAGCAUUAUGAGGACAGCUGAAAUUUCCAGCCUUGUGUCAUUUCUUAUUAUGUCCAAACAACAUGCAAAUGCUAGAACUGCGCAGUUACUGUACAUGUACUGUCCUACAUUUGAAAAAGUCAUGACUUAAAACAAGUCUCUCUGCACACAUACCAUUUCCUGACAGCCAUUGUCAACGUUGCAUUAAUUAUUAAUAAACAAUAAUGUGCUUAAAUGUUUAAAUAAAGAUGAAUUUCCGCUGCGAUUCGGACUGCAGCGGAAACGUGCGUGGUAAACGGCAGACAGGUUUCCAAGCCAGUUUCCGUGGGGUAGUAAUUGUUGUAAACGAGGGGUGCAUUUACGCACCCAGGAAACGAGUGCGGAAACGGCCACCGGAAUGGAACAUUAAACGCGCAGGAAAUGGGUUGGUUUGCGGCCAGUUUCGGCACCAGUUUCCGCAUACGGAAACCAAGUUUUUCGCACGGUG